UGUAGGACCCGAUCUUACACGAUCUGCCGAGUACCGCGCUCGCUCUCGACCCCCGCGCCACAGCGCAGCCAACCCGAGCGGGUCACGUGGGUGGCGCUGCGAAAGGAGCCUGUCGGGGUUGCGCAUCGGGAGCGCGCUGCGGGAGGGUCGCGUCCACGCUGAGCUGCUGGAAGUCAGAGCAGAGGAACGGCAGGAUUCCGGAGCGGCUCGAGAGACAAAAUGGGCGUCGAGAUCGAGACAAUAACCCCGGGCGACGGAAGGACUUUCCCCAAGAAGGGCCAGACCUGCGUGGUGCACUAUGUCGGCUGCCUGACAGAUGGACGCAAGUUCGAUUCUUCCCGGGACAGAGACAAGCCCUUCAAGUUUAAGAUAGGAAAACAGGAAGUGAUUCGUGGUUGGGAGGAGGGGGUUGUUCAGAUGAGUGUGGGCCAAAGGGCCAGGCUGACCUGCUCUCCUGAUUUUGCCUAUGGAAGUAAAGGCCACCCAGGAAUUAUACCACCCAAUGCCACUCUCGUCUUUGAUGUGGAGCUGUUGGGCCUGGAAUGAAACACCCCUGCCCCUGGCUGUUCUUUUUUUGGUUGGCUUCUAUUUUGGGAACACAGAAAAGUUAAGAGAGUAAGCACUUGAUUCCAUAACAGGCUUGACUAUAUAGUUUCACUUUGGUCACAUUUAUUCAUAUAGAAAAAUAUGUAUUUGUGAGAGAUGGAUUUUGUUUCCUUCCACAUGUUUAUCUUUUAAAAAAUCUUUUGUGCCAUAACCUUAUAAACCUUGUGAAGUUCUUAAUCUUGAAUUUUACAUUGUGCGUAUUUGCUUUGUUUUGUAUAGAAAUUAAGUUGUGCAUGAUUGAGCAUAUACACAGAUAUACCAAUGAAACAUCACCAGUAAUAGUAAGAAAAAUGGAUAUUGAAUGCGUUAAUCUGAUGGUGUUUAAUAAGGCCACGAAUGAGCCAAGUUAGUAAGAUCAAACUUAAGGAAGGCAACGAAAAGCACAUUUUUUACACUUGAAUUAGGUAAGAGGCAGUGUGAUGAAUAUUAUUUUUUUAACAGUUCUUUUGGGAAAUGUUAAAACACAGGAAAUCCUAGCUUAAUGGAAAUAAAUGAAUAAGGUGAGCUAAUGGUAUGAAAUAGGAAGUCCUUUAAAAUACAUCAGUACCAAAAUGUCUGAUCUAAUUUCUGUUAGUGUAGAUCAUUUUGAAAUGCCAGCCUAAUUUCGAAGUGAUGGAUCCAUGGUUUUUUUCUUUUUUUUUCUUUUUUUUUUUUUAAAAAAAAAAAAAAAAAAAAACUUGAGUGGAAGUGAAUGCAGCUGUAACAGGUCAACGUGUCAUCUGAGAAUCUUUGAAGUUUCAUUUGUACAGUACCUUUCAAGGCAGACCAUACGUUCCAUUAGGUGAAUUAUGAUUUGUCUUAGUAAUAUCUGAAAAACCCAUUGGCCUGAGUAGUUGUUUUUAAUAUGUCCCAGUUUAUUUUUUUUGACCCACUUGCCAUUUUUUUCAGAUGCCAACUUUUUAUCUCGGAAAUACUGUAACAAAAAUGAGUGUCCCCAGGGGCACAACAUUGGUUAUGGUUUAUGGCAGAUGCAUUCUUUAUAUUGGUAAUCCUGAAGUCUGUUACGAGAUGCUGGUCAUCACUGCUCUCUACUUUAGUUUUCCAGUGUGGCAUGAAUGGUCCUGUACUGCGCUGUAUAUCUGUGUGCUAAAUUAAGUACGCAAGAACAACCAAUGAUGAAAUAAAAUUUGCUGUUGCAAUAAAGUGCUUUCUAUCAGA